CCUCCUUCCCUCCUCCCCUUUUCCCUUCUGUCUUCCAGCUCGCUCGAGGCCGCGGGUGCUGACCCGGAGCCGGGGUUCAGUCUCACCGGAGGGGAGCCGAGAUGGAGCCGACAGCGGCGCAGCUCCUGCGCUUCGGAGGAUGUGGCUUGCUAAGAAGAAACUUCCUGAGGUGCCCAUCCUCUUGGAGAACUUCUCGUUUCUUAAAAUCUUCCCAAUCAGAAGCUUUAUAUAACAUACCAAAUAAUGGGAUAAUAUUUGCUCCACUUCAAACAUUUACAGAAGAAGAAAUGAUGAUUAAAAACAUGGUUAAAAAAUUUGCAGAGAAACAAAUUGCUCCUUUCGUGGCAGUAAUGGAUGAAAAUUCGCGAAUGGAAAAAUCAGUAAUAGAAGGAUUAUUUCAACAAGGGUUGAUGGGUAUUGAAAUUGAAACAAAGUAUGGAGGGACAGGAGCUUCGUUUUUUUCCUCUGUCUUAGCAAUAGAGGAAUUAGCAAAGGUUGAUGCAUCUGUAUCUGUUUUAUGUGACAUCCAGAAUACAUUAAUCAAUACACUGAUUAGAAAAUGCGGGACAGAAGAACAAAAGGCAACCUAUUUGACCAAGCUGGCUAAAGACACAAUAGGAAGUUUUUGCCUUUCUGAGGCUCAGGCUGGCAGUGAUGCAUUUGCUUUAAAGACUAAAGCUGAGAAGAAAGGAGACUAUUAUAUCAUCAAUGGGUCCAAAAUGUGGAUUAGCAAUGCAGAAUAUGCAGGAAUUUUUCUGGUCAUGGCAAAUGUUAAUCCUAAUGUGGGUUACAAAGGAAUUACAUGUUUCAUAAUAGAUCGUGAUACAGAGGGACUUCAAAUAGGGAAAAAAGAAAACAAAUUAGGAAUCAGAGCAUCUCCCACCAGUACAUUAAUAUUUGAUAAUGUUAAGGUACCAGUAACUAAUAUCCUAGGACAAGUUGGCCAUGGGUACAAAUAUGCCAUUGGAAUGCUUAAUGAAGGAAGAAUAGGAAUUGCUGCACAAAUGUUAGGACUGGCACAAGGAUGUUUUGACCACACCAUUCCAUAUCUUAAAGAAAGAAUGCAAUUUGGUCAAAGGAUAUUGUCUUUUCAGGGAAUUCAACAUCAAAUAGCUCAAGUGGCCACGCAGCUUGAGGCUGCGAGAUUGCUGACAUACAAUGCUGCCAGACUUUCAGAAACUGGAAGACCAUUUGUAAAAGAAGCAUCUAUGGCAAAAUAUUUUGCAUCAGAGGUUGCUGGACAGACAACUAGUAAAUGCAUAGAAUGGAUGGGUGGAGUAGGGUAUACCAAAGAUUUUCCAAUGGAAAAAUACUUCAGAGAUGCAAAGAUUGGUACGAUAUAUGAAGGAACAUCAAAUAUCCAGUUAAAUACCAUAGCAAAAUUUUUAGAUCAAGAAUACUGAGAGUCACAAGAAUAGGAAGACUGUUACUGAAGUCACAUAUGUAAAACAUAUAUCGAGUGCCUUAUAUGGGAAACAGUGGAAUAUUUUCAAGCUGGAAUAAUCUUUUGCACUGCUUAUAUUCUUUUGGAGUAUCUCUCUGCUCUUUCUUGUCAUCAGUGAUUUAAAACAGGUAACUUUGCUUCAUGAUGUACAAAGAUUCCUUUUCCCAACAUUUGACAAAAGUAAGAUAUUCCCUUUGAGUUAAUUAUUUUUAAAGCUGUCAUUUUAACUUCAUUUAAAAAUCUAACAUAUUUCUAAUACAGAUCGGAGAAAUUGGUAUCAGGUAGGUUAUUUCUGUUGUAUAUCUUUGCAGAUUCACCAGUGCCUAGUAUAGUGCAUCGAACCUAUUUUGCACGUUUCUUGAAAUAUUGAAUGUUAGUAAAUUCAGAAAUUGAUAGAACUUCCUUAAGAAAAAGAAAUUCAGUCAUUUUAAAUAUCAAAGAAUUUAUAUAGUAUAAUAGUAUAAAUCAGUUAAAGGAAUUGUUAUUUAAUUUAUAUUUAAUUCAAUGUGAUGUUUGCUGUUAAUUGAAUUUAUUUUAAAAUUAUAGUCAGAUCAUUUCAAUAGAUAGUUUAAAAAAUAAAUCUCAAGUUAAAAAAAUAAAUCUCAGUAUCACUUGUAUGGUUAACCAUACAGUCACGUUGUGUGGCUAAAAAACUUUGUAAAAUAUUUUUAAAACAGUCAGUUUUGUAAAAUUAAAGAUUCCCCCCCCCCCCGCAGUAGCUUUCUGAAUCUAAAUUGUAGAUUGUUACUUCUAAUUAGUUUUUUGAGCUUUAUUGUGGAAAAAAAAAACCCAAUAUUGUGUUUUUCGAAGAAAGAAGAUAUUUAAGUCUAUGGUGAAAUGUGAAUUGUUUUACUAUUUUAUUUUAAAAGAAUCAUACUGCAAAUCAGAGAAGUUUGAAAUUUGAUAUCAGGUACAUUUUCAAAAUAACUCUCCUUAUACAAAUAAUAGUUAAGCAUUUGAAAUGUAUAAAUACAACCUAAAGAGAGGAACCAUCUUUGACUAAUGGAGAGAGAAAUAAAGAAAAAUUUAAAAUGUAGUUCAGAAAAGAUAGCAAUCUACUGUACUAUAAAAUAAGUUGAUGAUGAAAGUCCUAACAUUCAACCCUUCAGAUCAACAAAUCAGAGAAUUUGAUAAAGAAGAUAGCACAACCAUUGCACUUUAGUUGACUAGUUAAGAAGCUAGAGAAAUUGAAGGAGGUCCUGUUAAUCGUGCCAAAGAAUUAUAUACAUAAUAAUGUCAGUCCUUGCUGGACUGGGGUGGAAAGGAUUGAUGCCCCAAAGUAAUGUUUUCAGUCUCGUUAGCAAUUAAUUGAAUUGAUGACUUCAAAGAUUGUUUUCAGAACACAAUAAAUUGAUUGGUAUCAGAACUAUUAUACUUACCAUUGGAUAGCUUAUGAUAUGUUAUUGGCAUUGCAUUAAACUUAAUGGAUAAGGAAUUAAUCUCGUUUCUAUCAGAAGUGAUAGAUAAAAUAUGUAUUAAGCACUUACUACAUGCCAAUCAGCAUGCUAAGUAUUAAGAUUAUGUUAAGUCAGCAUUAUUUUAACUUACAUAUCCUUACAUUUGCCAGAGCCAUUGGUAUUACUGUGUAUUAUCAUGUGGACAUGUGAUUACAGUACAUUUUAAUAAAUAUUGCCAUUGAAUUAUUUCAUAAA